UAACACAAAAUUUUUCAAUAAAAAUGCUUACAAAUUCCCGAAUUUUGUCUUCACAAAAACUAUGGAGCACUUUUUGUCGCUCAUUCGGGUCACAACAAGGGAAACCCCGAGAAACUCUCAAAAAAGAUGAAGUUUUUGAACUCGAUGUCAAACCAACAAAAGGCGAAAAAGAAUCAUGGGACGGCGCCAAUGUAAAAGAAGAGGUAAAAGUUCUCACGCCUCGCGAACGCAAAAUGGAAGAAGACAGAAAAAGACUCAAAUGGGCCAAACUUCCCGAUGAAAAAAACCUUUUUCGCUCGAAAUUUGCCUCCUUUAAUAAGAACGAAAACGACAUGGGAUGGCUGACAUUCGUCUCGCAACCAUGGGACUUUAGCAUAUCCGGCAUCAGAAAAGCCAUAAACGAUUGGGCGAUACAACGUGAUAAAUAUUUGCAACAAUAUCUGCCGAAACGUGUCGAAGUUCUGGGUCCUGAUUUAGCUGUAGCUCAUUUUUUGUGCACUCGACGAGGCAAAGUUCGUUUCGCAGGCGACACAGAAUGGAUAACGUCGGAAACACUCAAAGAUAUCCCGAAUGUAUUCGAUCCGAAAUACCAUUUGGAGGAAAUUGACACGCAGGAUUGCUUCCUGUACUACGAGGGAAUUCAAAAUUUUCGUGAUUUGGAAUAUUGCAAAAAAAUCUCGAUACGAAAUUCGCCACAUUUUGAUGAUUGGUGCAUGGAUAGCAUCAGCGGAGCAAAUUUGCCGGCAUUAGAAGAGUUGGAUUUGCGAGGAUGUACGAAGCUCACGUUCCGGAGUCUGGCAUGCAUUUAUCGCUUGGAAAAGUUGAAAAAGUUACUUUUGACGAUAAAUAGCAACAUUGAGUGGAAAUUGACGAUGGCGAUGUUGGAAGAAGCGAAUCCCAACCUCGAAAUAGUUGUUGAAGAAGUCGAAAACAAAGUCCUUGAAGAUAAAAAGUAG